AUGACCAAGUUAAAGCACCUUUGCAAGGCCGACAGCCUUUUCUUGCUUCAUUACGAGAACCGAAGUUUCCACCCAUCAUCAUCUACAUCGCUCAACACAAACGAUGUUCCCGAACGACAACUCGGCCCCGCUUACCUCUGUUUCUUAGACCCUUCCGCAUCUACUGGCUACACUACUCGUCACGUAUCUACCUGGGCUCAGUCACAUGGAAACAGUUACCCUAACUACAUGUUCACACCUUAUACCCGUCUUCAAUUCUAUACCAUCAUUUCCGGAGACCCCAGUUUGCCGUCUUCUAUUAAUGCUCGUCGACAGGCUGCCGCGGAGCAGGACAUGGGAAUGCUUAUCCAGUUCGCGAUACGUGCUGCGAAGACCGCAGGUAUUGAUGCUUUUUGGAUAGAUUAUGAGUGUAUCCAUCCCGAAGAAGAUGAAGAUCCGGACAAAAGCAUAGGAGAAGUAUAUCGAAUAUGUGAUAUCGUACGGGCAUGCCACUCAAUGGCUAUAGUUGUUGGACCACGAUUUAAUUUUACUAAUUAUACUCAUGAUGCCAUGGAGAGGGGUUCAGACGAUCUUUCAUAUACAAAAACACAAUGGCUACGAGACUGGGGAAGUCAUCUCUGGACUGUUCCAGAAGCUCUUCUAUAUCCAGGCGAACACCGCAUUUCGAUUUACACACCUGGUACUGCUGAGCCCGAAUUAGUCGCAAAACGGAAUCUUCCAGGUCGUGUUUGGGAUGAUGCCAUUGCCUUACGCCAGUUGAUUGAUCACUAUAAAUCUUCAAUCCAUCUUACGAAGUUGGAAUUGAUAUCCAUUGCCCUUGAAUGUCUCAAGCGGCGCCAAACGGAGAAACGCAUGGCCGGCGACGUAGCAUAUGCUCUGCAGGGGUUACUUCGUCAACGUCCUCGAGUUAUUCAAUCCGAUAGUGAUUUCCAGGCUUUUGCAAGACUUUCUCUUGCCAACGAUAGUGAUAUGCUUCUUGAACGACUUCUCUGCCUCAAAUUGAAGGAUAAUCGGGCACCAUGGCAUGAGAUGCAAGAUACUUCUGAAGUGGUGGAGAAUAAUGCUGUGACAUUAGGAGAUGCGAAACGUGCGAUGGUAAAUUGGGAGUUUCUUGAAGCAAUUGAUUAUGAGGCUACACGUCCACAAAAAUUUGUGUUUAUAAUUUCUGCGGCGGUGAUGUCUCCUUUUUGGUCUCAACGAUCCGGCAGAAGGUUCGAUACAUUUUUUUCGAGCUUCUGGAAGGUAGCUUUGGUUGUAUUCUUGGCAAAUGCCAUUAUAGUACCGUGGGUAGUCCGAUGCCUUUACAAAAGUCUUGAAGUCCAUCAAGUGCAGGCUAGACUGUAUGGCGUAGCUGGGCAUCCGAAUUUGGGGAGGAUGGAAGAGCUGAUGUUUGGAUCCGAUCAAGGUCGAUUACAGUGGAUGAAAGGAGGGGAUAGUGUGACCGAUCAUCCCGAUGGUGACGAGUAUAGCUAUGAACGCGGACUGAAGUUGUUCACACUCAUAGAUACAUGCACACUAUCAGCGAUUUCAUUCGAAGCCGAGCUUCCGCCAUCAGUGGUAUUGGCAGGUGCGCGCGCUGGUGGACUUGUACGGAUGCUUUUGUGUUCUUAUGAUGCAAACACAGCGACAUUGUGUAAAGAGGCGGUUGUGUGGAUGGAAACAGUCGUACUUGACCGGAUGCCAAAGUUGAAUCGAGUACGAUUUGCUUUGAAGCCAACAAGGGACGAUUUAAUAGCAGAGAGGAGAUGA